AGGGAAUCGAGGAUGAAAUAGAAAGUGUCAUGAAAGAAGAGGAAAAAGGAGGCAACGCUAAUGUUAUACUGGUUUCCGAGAACCUGAGUCCUGGGGUAUACAAAGGUCCCCUACAGUACAGGGUUUGGAAGGAAAUGCUGUCUGUUGUCAACCCUGGUUUGUCUCCUGUGACAUUGGACCCUAACACAGCACAUCCAAAUCUCCUUAUCUCUAAGGACUUGACCAAUGUGGAGUACCGCUGCUUUAGAGAAAAUAUUCCUGUCAUCUCUGACAGUUCUGAUUUGUGUUUUGUGAUGGGGUCAGAGAGCUUCACAUCAGGCAGACACUAUUGGGAGGUGGAGGUGGAGGUGGAGCUGGAGCUCAACUACUUGAUGACGUGGACAGUAGGUGUCACCAAAAAGUGUAGCCACGGGGAGUUGCUACAUAUAAAGAAUCCAGGGGAUGGUUACUGGGUGUUAACCCUGUGUAAUCCAGAUGCUUACUUGAGUCUGGAUUUAACAAAAAAGUUUUUUAUACAUGGUGUAAAACCUCAGAAAGUCGGAGUGUACCUGGACUAUGAGGAGGGACAGGUGUCAUUUUAUAAUGCUGAUAAUAUGUCACACCUCUACACUUUCACCGAUACCUUCACUGAGAGACUGUACCCUUUCUUCCAGCUUUACGCUGAAUUUAGUACAUUUGCUACAACAUCCCUAACCCUAUUUCACCUGAAAGUAUAA